AUGACCGGCACCUCGUCGCCGGCAACCUCCCAAACCUCCUCCUCUCUCUCCUCUCAGCCUGUCUCCCUCCCUAACCUCUCCACCAUGUCUCCAGAGGCCCGUGUCAACUACCUCGUCGGCCUGAACAUCGGCUUCUACGUCCACCACAAGCUCGACCUCGCCGGCGUCAACUACUCCAUGUGGCGGCACGACAUGGAGCUCGCUAUCGGGCUCCACGGCGUCGAGGAUCACAUCGCCGCCGACUUCGACGAUCACGAUGGCGAUCGUGAGUGGCGCCGCACCCAGUUCGUCGUCAAGUUGUGGAUCUACAACACCUGCACGCCGGAGUUCAAGCAGCUGAUCAUGGACAGCAAGGCCACCGCUUUCGCCCUCUGGUCCACCAUCGAGAACAUGUUCACCAGCAACGUCCGCUCGGGCAAGGUGAAGCUCCUCUCCGAACUCCAUGAUCUGCGUCAGGGCACCAAGUCCAUCGUUGCGUACGCGUCCAGCCUCCAGCGGAUCGCUCACGGCCUGCGCGACAUCGGCAAGCCCAUGGACGAUGAAGAUCUCGUCGUCUACCUCCUGCGCGGGCUCGACGGCCGCCACCGCACCAUGCGACAGCUCCUGGAAGAGCGGACCACCGUGCCGACCUUCACAGAUCCCUGGCCACCGUCGUAG